CAGUCAACAAUCAUUCAACAUGAACAAGUUCGCUUUGAUCACUUGCCUUUUUGUUAUCCUGGGCGCUGUCCUGGCAAGCCCUGCCGUUCGCGAAAGUCGCCAUGCGGUUCCUGUCGGGAUCGUUGACGGUCUCGUCUUGGUGGACGACGAUGCGGUAGACAGCCAAAGGGUCUUGUCCAGCGAUGGCGCAGUCUCAACCAUAUUAUCCGCACGCAGCACCGGAGCCGUCCCGUUCGAUCAAGAAACAGAGCAACAGCGUCUAUCCAUUAGUUUAGGAGGUCCAGGAUAUGGCGGCUUUUACGGCGGUCGUCCUGGAUACGGAAGACCUUGGGGUCCUGGAUACGGAAGACCAUGGGGACCUUAUGGCAGGCCUUGGGGUCCAUACAGACCUUAUCGCCCAUGGGGUCCUUACUAAACUUCGCACUUCC